AGGCCCAGUGGUUUCUUGAGAGAAGGGAAAGCUUUGUUCAUACAGUAGCAUACGGAGUAGAGAGCACUUUGUAGGAAGAUCAAAAUUGCUCAAAUUCAGGAAGAAAGAAUUUAGUUAAAUCUCUUCAGUUCGUCAAAUCCUGGUACUACGAAGAUGAAUGUGGCCGAUUCAGCUCCAGCUAUGAACAAUUUGCUCGCCUCCAAUGCGGAUUCUCAGAGAACUCUGUAUCCGUACGUGACUGGGACCUCAGUUGUUGGCAUAAAGUACAAAGAUGGCAUUCUCUUGGCUGCUGAUAUGGGAGGUUCUUAUGGGUCCACUCUUCGCUAUAAAACUGUUGAGCGACUAAAGUCAGUGGGAAAACAUUCUAUAAUUGGUGCUAGUGGUGAGAUCAGUGAUUUUCAGGAGAUAAUGCGAUAUCUUGAUGAGCUAAUCUUGUAUGAUAAUAUGUGGGAUGAUGGGAACUCCUUGGGUCCUAAAGAGGUCCAUAACUAUUUAACCCGGGUUAUGUAUAAUCGUCGUAAUAAGUUCAACCCAUUGUGGAACUCACUUGUACUUGGUGGAGUUAAAAAUGGACAGAAGCAUCUUGGAACGGUUAACAUGAUUGGUGUACAUUAUGAGGACAACCAUGUUGCAACUGGAUUUGGAAAUCACCUAGCACGUCCUAUUCUACGUGAUGAAUGGCAUGAGAACUUGACAUUUGAAGAAGGUGUAAAACUACUGGAGAAAUGCAUGCGUGUACUUCUGUAUCGGGAUAGAUCAGCUGUCAACAAGCUUCAGAUUGCAAGAAUCACAGAGGACGGUGUCGCAGUUUUUCCGCCAUACUCAUUGAAGACAUUUUGGAAUUUCAAUGCUUUUCAGAAUCCUACUGUGGGUGCUGAAGGCUCGUGGUAGUUAAAUGAGUCCCAAGAUACAUUAUGCACUCACCAAGUUUGCAGCAGGUUCAUCCUGUUUGACCUUGUACUGAGUACAGGCUAGAUCUGUGUAAUCUAUUCUAAGUUUGCACUUCUUGUGUUUGUCUAAGAAACCUUUCUUAGACUUCUUGCUAUAUGUUUGGACAAAAUCCAUUAAAUGAAGUUUUUUCCCCCCUUGCAAA